GACUUGAAACAUCAAUUUGAAGCAGAGAAAUUGAGUUUCAUCGAUCAUCUGCUCCGAUAACACAGAGAUGGUUGCGGGUGAUGAAAACAACGACGCUUGUCUGGAUGCACUGUGGCUAUCAAGUGGCCAAGUGUAUCCCGCAGUUUUGAACGCAGCGAUUGAGUUAAACCUAUUCGAAAUCAUCGGACGAGGAAACCCUAAGGGCAUGUCACCUUCUGAAAUUGCUUCAGAGCUUCCGACUCAGGAUCAACAUCCAGACACGCCCCAGAGACUGGAUCGCAUGCUGUUUCUGCUAGCAAGCCAUUCUCUUCUCUCUUGGUCUAAACAACGAUUUGACGAAGACGAAGACGAAGAAGAGGAUAAAGUUGAGAGACUGUAUCGACUCUCUCCCACUGGUUCAUACUUAAUCGCUGACGAUGAUCAUGGAGCUUCCUUUGCUUCACUCUCAAAACUCUGUUGCCAUCCUGCUUAUAUCAAAGUCUGGCAAAACUUCAAGGAAGUGAUAAAUGUGGAUGAAGAGGACUUGUUUAAGAAGGUGCAUGGCAUGUCUAUGUUUGAGUACAUGGAAACAGAUCCAAGUUUCAAGCCUUUGUUCCACAGAGCAAUGGCGGAUAUAUCUGCCAUGCAUAUGAGGAAGAUUCUGGAAACUUACAAAGGCUUUGAGGUCAUAUCAACACUUGUUGACGUGGCAGGUGGUAUUGGUCAAAGCCUCAAAAUGAUCACUUCUAAGUACCCUUCCAUCAAAGGCAUUAACUUUGACUUGCCCCAAGUCGUUCAACAUGCCCCUUCGUACCCAGGAGUUACGCAUGUUGGAGGUGAUAUGUUCAAAAGUAUCCCAGAAGGCGAUGCAAUAAUGAUCAAGGCUGCCACUCAUAACUGGAGUGAUGAGAAGUGCGUACAAGUUCUGAAGAACUGCCAUAAAUCACUGAAGAAAGGAGGAAAAGUGAUUCUGAUAGACUUAAUAAUGCCAGAAAUCCCAAAGGCAAGUGAUGGAGAUAAGUAUGUGACCAUUCUGGACAAUGUGAUGUUUCUUCAAGCUGGUGGAAAAGAAAGAACGGAGAAAGAAUUUGCAGCUCUGUGUAAAAGUUCUGGCUUUUCUGGAUAUCAAAUUGCUGCUUCUGUCUUCUCCGUUCUCGGAGUCAUUGAGUUUUACAAAUAAUUGAUCACUCACCCAAUCUCAUUUGAAGACUGUCCCCUAAAAAAAGCAAUAUAUGUUGUGUAUGUGUAUGUGUAUGAUCUAUAUAGACAUAUAUAUGAAUGAAUGCCUCACAGCAUUAUUGUAUUGA